AUGGCAUCUUGUAUGAGGAGCUUGUUUUCUGACCACAGCAGAUACGUUGAAUCUUUUCAGAGGUUUCUAAAUAAUUCCACGGAACGCCAGUGCAUGCAGAAAUUCAUGGACAAGAAGCUGCCAGACAUAAUAGCAAGGAUUGGAGAAAGAAAAGUAGAAAUUAAGAUUCUGAGCAUAGGCAGAGGUGCAGGUGAAAUGGACCUUCAGAUUCUUUCCAAAGUCCAGGCUCAAUACCCAGGAAUCUGCAUAAAAAAUGAAGUUGUUGAGCCAAGUGCUGAACAAAUUGUCAAGGACAAAGAGCUUUUAGCCAAGAAAACAAACAUGGAGAAUAUGAAAUUUGCUUGGCACAAGGAGACAUCAUCUGAAUAUCAAAAACGUGUGCUGGAAGAACAGCCUCAAAAGUGGGACUACCUUGACACGAUCCGGAUGCUGUAUUACGUAAAGUAUGUCCCAGCUACCCUGAGAUUCUUACAUGGUCUCUUAGAUAAACCAGCUGUAUUGGGCAGAGCUCUACGGCUGGGCAACUUGCUCCAAGCUGCCUGCAUUUCCCAUGACCCUGUACUAAAGACACUGCCUCCUGGAUCAGACCCACUGAGCUGUGCCCUCAUGGGUGUUCAGCUUCUCCCGAGAGGAUAG